GGGAAGAGGAGAAAAAGAAUGAAUGUCAUUUUGCGCUCCAAACCGUGCUUGAAGACAUGGAUGGGAAGGUGAGAGAAGUGGUUGUAGAAGAGGACGUGAAAAUUGAAGAAAGGGAAGAUCUUGAUUGUUUCCAAGGGGAGGAACAAAGUGAAGAAGAAGGAAGGGAGGUUGAGGAAGAAGUAGAAGGAGUAAGUGAGGUCCAAGAUGAGGACGAGGUCGUUUUGGAUGAAGCAUCCACAAGUUACAAGAGCUACCAAAGCUUUCCACCCGACCUCGAUGCACUUUUGGAGACGGACCCAUUUGCGGCUCUUUACCAAGCCAAGGACAAACCAUUGGCGAUCCUUCUUGGCGGAUGCGAUGGAAGUCAAUCAAUGAUGGACUACAUGGUAUGGGACAAAGAGAAAGAAGAAGAAGAGGUCUCGUGGGUGGAGCCUCAAAGGGGAUCAAAUUCAUGAGCUCUCAAUCAUGGAUUCGUCCAAUGCUCGUGGCUUGAGACUUCAUCUCAUCGACGAGAACCUCAACUUCAAGGAGGUUCUCGGAUGGAACGAAGCUUAAGGAGAAACCGUCUAGCCUAUGACGUAAAAAUAACGCUUGAUGGGAGGCAACCCAACUUAGGUUUGUGUUUAUUUUUAUGUUAAGUACUAUUAUUGUGAAAUAACCUCGCCUUGCGCGAGCAUGUGUGUGUUUUACUUUGUUUUGGUCUCCUUGAAGCUCUCUCCUUUUAAUCUCUGGUCCAAUUCGGUCCCGAUUUUCACUCGCCAAGCUAUGCGGUAACAAUGUUCUACCCCUUAAUUUACGUCAUUGAGGGCAAUGUCGAGCUUAAGUGUAUGUGUGGGUGGGUGGGUGGGUGGGUGGGGGUGGGGGUGGGGGCGUAGUCUAUCUAUUAAACUUGUGUGUGUGAUUAAUAGCUUGUAGCCUAUAUGUAUGUCCAAGUUUAAAAAAUUUAAGGCUCCAAGCAUUGCAUAUUCAUUGUGGUCGGUUAUUGGAGGAUCUCUUGUUUAUUGGAAUUGACCUUGGAUUGUUUACUUGUGAUCGAGUUUAUCCUAUUAUGAUGAUUGAGAAUUUCAUUAAGUUGGUGCAAAUAUUUAGUUCUCAUAUGUGUGCGAAUGAAUGGAUGUCUUGACU